UUUCUGCCUACAAUGAAUGCAGAUUUUUUAAGUGAUUGAAACUAACACUGUAACUUCUGUGUUUCACUAAUUAGCUGCAUGUCUUUUCUAAGAUUGCUUAAUUUUAUCUGAAUCUAGCCAUUAAAAAUGGCAGUGCAACAGUGAAACUUUUUGCUGUGCUGCUCAAGGAAAAAAAUUCCCACCAAUUCUUGUACCUUUUUAUUGUUGAAAAUAAUGCUGUGUUUUUUAAUAAAAGAAAAAGGUAAUAUAAAGUCUGCUGCUAUUUGUAUUGCUGUAAGGUAGCCCUUUGUGAAUAACAUAGGAACAAAACGUAAAAUGGAACCUUUUAUUAUAGUGUGUUGGGGAUCUUCCUACUUGAUGGAUAGAGUAACCUAAACUUGAAAGUCUGUCUGGAUAUGACUGUUACAUUUGACCUGACAAAUGACUAGGUCAGGUUCUAGCUAAAAAAUUACCUGGAAGAGAAAAUGCUUAUUCCAGGGUACAGCAAGAUUUGUGGAUUCCUUUCUGCUUUCACACAUUUACUCUUUCAUAAUAAAUACAAAAUGAAUUCCUGUAAUCUUUUGGAGGUCAGGUGUUAGCAUGAAUACAUCUUUAAACAUUGCUGAUAUGUAAUGAAAAAUACUGUUUUACUGUUAGCAAUGAGUUCUGUGUUUGAACAGUCCGAUUUAGUACCCAGUGAAGUAAAUUGCAUGAUUUUUACUGAAGAUAGACUGAAAUUGUGAUUCCCUUCCUUAAAGAGCAAAUUUCAGAUGGCUGAUACAAAGAAGCAACUGUAGUGAGUUUUGUAUGUUCUUUUUUUAUAGUAAAAUCAUAAAUGCUGUUGAUGUAAGUUUCUGUAUAAGGAAAAAAAAAUAACAAAAUUAUCUUCUUUGUAACAGAAACCGCUUCUUAAAUAGUCUCAGUUAUUUGAUAAAAGCCUGGAAACCAGUUUCCAACUUCGUUCUAGGUUGUAAGGUAAUAAAGAAACAACUUGGGAUUUCAGGGCACGUGCAUCGAUUAAUGGCUGGAUCCAUGGCAGGUAUUACAGCAGUGAUUUGUACUUACCCUCUUGAUAUGGUUAGAGUUCGUCUGGCAUUCCAAGUAAAAGGGGAACACAAGUACAUGGGAAUUAUCCAUGCAUUCAAGAUGAUUUACACAAAGGAAGGUGGUUUUUGUGGGUUCUACAGAGGGCUGAUGCCAACUGUUGUAGGAAUGGCACCAUAUGCGGGUUUUUCAUUUUUUACCUUUGGUACCUUAAAGAGCAUUGGACUUGCUCAAGCACCUAACUUGCUUGGACGGCCUUCAUUAGAUAAUCCCGAUGUCUUAGUUUUGAAAACACAUGUAAAUCUGCUGUGUGGUGGCAUAGCUGGAGCAAUAGCUCAGACGAUAUCAUAUCCCCUUGAUGUAACUCGUAGGCGAAUGCAGUUAGGAGCAGUUCUCCCAGACUCUGAAAAGUGCCUUACAAUGGUGCAGACACUGAAAUACGUGUAUCAACAACAUGGAAUACGAAGAGGAUUAUACCGUGGUUUAUCUCUAAAUUACAUUCGUUGUAUUCCUUCCCAGGCUGUGGCUUUCACCACAUAUGAACUUAUGAAACAAUUCUUGCACCUCAACUAAUGUUUUUUUAGACUUCCCUGUAAAACUACACUAUCAGUCUUCAAAUUAUAUUGGUGACUAAAUUACUUGAAGUUUAAAAAAAGAAAGCUAUCUGUUACUGUGGAACUGCUGUCGUCCAACAUUUUUUAUUUGCCGAAGUGUGGUUAAUUUCCUGGAGUCAAAUCAGGAGACAGAUCAAAAUAAACAGUAGUUAGCUAUAAACAUUUUUUUACACUUGAUCUUCUAGGCUUCAUUAGAUUAAUGUUAAGAAUUACACAGUUUAAAAAUUACACCCACAUUUUAUAUGGGUUUCAAGCUGUUAGUUAUUUAGCUUUAUCACCAUUCCAGGAGUUACACACAUGGUUAUGUUGCUUUUUAAACUAGUAGUUAGACAUCUGUUCUUUAAAAAUGAAAUGUAAUAAACCAAUUUGAACAAAAUGCAAUGAUUUUCAUAUUCAUAUACUUGUCAGCUCUGUAGAAGCUGAACUUAGCAGACCACAAUUUAAGCAUCUUUUCUUUCUUUUUUUGUCUAAGUUUUCUGUACGCAAGAACAAGCAUGUAUCUUCAGAUUGGUACAUAUGAAAGGCUCUUCAACCAUUUCAAUAAAAGAUGACAAGAUGUAUGUAACAUUAUUAGAAAUCUUGCAAUUUGGAAACCGGUUUCUUGGCAUACAUUCUAUUUUAAAAUAUGCUGUAUUUACACAAAUAAAAGCAGGGGGAACUUUUACAGUGACAAGUGCUAGAAAAGGUCUUAAGGCAGUUAGUAUGGGACUAAUCUUAAAAGGCAUUCCAGUACUUUUUCUGUGAGGCUGAAGUUCUCGUUUCAGUUUAUUGAAGGCUGAGUAUUUAUGUACUUUACAGUACUAGCUCAUGUAAACAGGUUUGUCCCUUCCUUAAAACAUGGUGACAAACAAGACUGCAUGCUGCUGCAUUUACUUGUUUAGGCAUAUGGGCCAUAUCCAACCUCUCACGCAAGAAAAGAAAAUGAAGAUUGUAUUGGAGUCUGUAGAUGUGUAUAUGUACUGUUUCUAAGGUAUGGUAUGCAACAGACUGUUAUGUUUUCCUCCUCUUCCAAUUCCUUUUGUAGAGGGAAUUAUUUUCCAGACUUGUUUAUACAUUAUUUGCAUUGGUACUCUUGAUUUUACUCACUUGAUUCAGGAAACUGUAAAGCAUUUACUUUAAGUGAUGUCAGUUAUUUAUUUGUUGUAAAUAUUUUAAAGUGUCUUUGAAGAAUUGAUAAUGUUUAUGUUAAAUGGUGGAUGGUAAGAUGGAUUUGCUUAAUUUUGACAAACUUGACAAACUCAAUUUUGAGUUAUGUUAAAUACCAACUUUUGUGGCUGAUUUCCCCCAUGCCCCCCCAGUUUCUUAAAAGUAUGUAUUUCUUUGAUAUUUAACAAUGUAGCUAUGGACAGAGAAUGAGAUGUAUUUGAAUUUAUUUUAUUAAAAAUUUUGAACUAA